AUGACGACCUGUUCCGAGUCAGUCACCAUCUGUGGGAUCGUCUCAGACAGCAUGAUCCGCGAUGUCCAAGAAGACCUCGCGGUCGACCAGUCGACCGUCGUUGCUGGUUUUCUCACUUCGACUUCGUCCCAAGGAGGCGGCGAGCAGCAGCUAAGGUGGUGUCUGAUAGAGAUGAACACAAACACCAGACAACAGAUCCUCACAUCUCAGUUCAUCAAUGCGAUGAAGCUGCUGCUUGCAAGAGGGCAGGUGGAGAUCAUCCUCGCUGCCAGAAACUGCCUUCCAUUCGCUGAAGACAGGGCUGUCAUCGAGCUUCAACUCAACUUCUCAGAGCGUACCAUCAAGAACCACGACGGAGCCAUCUCUCACAGAUUCGAAGCCGCCUUUGGUCCUUCACAUUCUCCAACCUACCAGGCAGCAAGGGCGUCUUUCAUCCAAUCGUACGCUGGAUCCUUCCUUCUCUCCUACUUCCUGCACGUCAAAGAUCAAUCCAACCGCCUCGUCUUCGAUGAUAACGGGGUGCACUGCCUGCGCGAUAUCUUCUUCCCCCUCGACCCCGCACCAGCCUCUUCCGACCGAACUGCCUUGAGUCUGAUCGUGAAAGGCUUCCUGGUUGUUAGAGAGCAACAGGACUUCUUUGUUUCCCUGGUCUCGACCUUCUUGCAGAGGCACCCACACCUCAAGCGAGAUUGUCUCGAUCAGCUCCGAGACAAAUUCCUCCCUGGCAAGGUAUGGCAGGAGAAGCUGGUGGGGGCGGGCAGGAAGAGCGAGGGGGGGGGGGGUGGAGGUAUCAUCGUCUCAAUCAACACUUCAUCAUUCGGCUUGACCAAGACUCAGGCAUCACUGUGGGCAAACGAGGCAGAAAACUAA